UCUCCGCUUCCUCUAUGUGUAGAUUUUGUUAUGUGCUGUAAAUUGUAUUUUUAUAGCGAUAUUAAGAGAUUUUCACAAAUAUUUUUCUAAGCAAUUUAAGUCGACAAACAUAAGAAGUGAAGUUAUGUUAUAUUGUAUUGUUGAAUAUUAUUUUUUGUGGUACAACGGCAAAUGAAAGCUGUUUGCCAGAUGUGUAGCAAGUGAAACUGAGGGAAAGCAAAAACAACGCAACAGCAGCCGACUAACCCUCCAAAAUUCAGGUUUUUCGCACAUUUGCCGCCUCUUUUGCCGCGUAUAAAACACGCUUCGAGUGGACAAAACUUAAAUAAACAAGUAGCGGAAGACAAAAGUGAUUAAAAAUUAAGUUGCAAAUUAUAGAAAGAAAAAAAAAAAACGUUUAAAAAAUAAAUCAUUUGGUGUAAAAAGGCAUGACAUUACCGGGCAAUUCCAAGAUGUCUGCUGUUCAGUUUAAUCGGUAUGAUACGAUGUCCUAUUCGCCUUCAAACAACGAUUCGCUUUUAGAUGAUCGAAACCGUCCAAAUGUAAACGCAACGCCUCUUCAUCAACAACAACAACGUUUAGCGUUACACGCAGUGCAACAAACAUCGUCAACACCAGCAUCAUCAACAUUACCACAGAAUAUAACAAUGCAGCAGCGAAAACAAGAAUUAUCGCAUGAAAUGCAGACAACAACGUGUAUACAACAACAGAAUUUAUCACACCAAUGUGAACAGUCGUUCACACAAUUUCCUACAUCCACCGCCUCGGGCACUGUUUUCUCCUCGCUCGAUUUGGCUGUGGAGAAUGUGAUGCCAGGAAUUUAUCUAACAAAAAAUUUCAUAGUUUGGAAUGAGGAAAAUUUACGCUCACAUGGUUUUACACACAUCAUUAUCAUUGAUAAGCACAUACAGGAAUUAUACUAUCCGUCGCCGGUAUUUAAACUCUCCACUGACAAUACAACUGUUGAUGCAUUUGACACCUACGAAUACUUUAACCAUCCGGCUUGUACAUCACUCAAAUUUGGCAAAGAAUUUGAGGCGAUCGAUUUGAACUUUGGCGAAAAAUCGUAUUUGACAACUGUUCUGCCGAAUUGCUAUCGCGCGGUGAAAUUCAUAAAUAAAGCAUUUCAAGCGGGUGGUACUAUCUUAGUGAUUGACUGUAAUGGCAGCGAGCAGAAAUGCCUCACGAUUAUCGUGGCAUAUCUCAUGUACAAACACAAUAUAAAUUUUAACAAUGCUUUUGCGCGCCUAAAAGAAAACUAUGAAAAGGCUGAUUUGGACCGAUUUUACAUGACACAAUUAUAUGAAUAUGAACCUAUACUUCAGGUGCAGCGAACACAAUCACGCGGUCAGAGUUGUUCGCGUGAUAUGCAUUCAGCCAUAUUAAAACGUAAACAAGUCGACGAUGAUGUCACCAGCGGGACUUCUAUCACUGGAAAUGAUACCAAUGGCACAACUGAAUUUUUUAGCACAUUUAAUCCAUUGUCGAAUUUUAAUGCUACAACACGAAAUUGUUAUAAACCAACAAGUACACUAAAACACUACGCCCAACAUCCACGGCUUAGUCAACAACCAGACAUUUCUCGUCAGCAUCAACAACCAGGAAUUUAUAAGAGCAGUGAUUGUGAGGCCGGCGAUGAUUAUGCCAUGGAGUAAAAGAAAGAAAAAUGUUAGCUUAAAAUAUCUAUAUAUUUAAGAUAAAAUUGAUAAGUUGCGAAAAACUAGAAUCAAUUUGUGUACUCUUCAUCCGAGUAGACAAUGGCGAAAAUUCUAGGCUAGUAAUUCCUGUAAAUACAUAAGCAUAGUAUUUAUAUAAACAUACCAUAAAAGGUGCGUUACUGUUCCACUAGAAGAUUGUACAAUUUACCUUUUGCAUAAAUGUUGAUUUCUAGAAAAAUUAUGCAAACGAGACCAAAUAAGAACAUUAAAUUAGACUUGAUAUGAUUUUUCAUAAAAUAUAAAAUAGUA